CACUCUCUUCCGCCAUUUUGUUCAGUGUUGUUCUUUAGCUUCAAGACGMCGUAAGUAUACUGCAACUUUACGUCGAAUUUUCCCUACUUAAUCUGAAAAGGAAGAAAAAUCAUUACCUUAAUCGAUAAGUUAAAGAACCCGUUUAUCAUUCUACGGUCACCCAAGAACAUAGAAUUAGCAAUCGUAGCAAUCACAUAUGUCAUAGGAAGAAAAAUACAAGGCUCUACAUUAUAGACAAAAAAAGGCUUUGGGAAGGGAAAAUUAUAGCAAGAUGCCAACAACUGUAAACUAUGGAAUACGAGACGUAUGGAAAGACAAUAUGGAAGAAGAGUUUGCAAAGAUUAGAGAGAUUGUACAGGAAUAUCCAUAUGUAGCUAUGGAUACUGAAUUUCCAGGUGUUGUAGCAAGACCRAUUGGUGAAUUCAAAAGUACAUCGGAAUACCAAUUUCAGCUGUUGAGAUGUAAUGUUGACUUACUCAAAAUCAUUCAGUUGGGAAUGUCAUUCUACAAUGAAAAAGGUCUUCAACCCUCUGAUGGCGCGACUUGGCARUUCAACUUUAAAUUCAAUCUAACAGAAGAUAUGUAUGCACAAGAUUCAAUUGAUCUGUUAAAUAGAUCAGGCAUACAGUUUAAAAGACAUGAAGAAGACGGCAUCGAUGUCAAUGAUUUUGCAGAACUUCUUAUCACCUCAGGGCUCGUUCUACAGGAUGAAGUCAAGUGGCUAUCUUUUCAUAGUGCCUAUGACUUUGGCUAUUUAAUCAAGGUACUAACAGCACAGAAUCUUGCACAAGAGGAAGCAGAAUUCUUCGAAUUACUCAAGCUAUAUUUUCCUAAUAUUUAUGAUGUCAAAUACCUUAUGAAAAGCUGUAAAAGUCUCAAGGGUGGACUGCAAGAAGUUUCUGAACUUUUAGAGCUUGAAAGAAUCGGGCCUCAGCAUCAAGCUGGCAGUGAUUGCCUACURACAGGAAAUUCUUUCUUCAAAAUGAGAGAGAUGUUUUUUGAAGAUAAUAUUGACGACAGCAAAUACUGUGGACAUCUCUUUGGAUUGGGUAAUUCAUAUGUUAAUGGUGGACAAGCGUACAGUGGACCAACACUAAAACCAUAGUAUAUUAAUGAUAUACUAAUAUUUAUAAAGAUAUACAUUAUCCAUACCAAUCUAUUUUUACUGAUCUCUUACACCAACUUGUUUUUAUUAGUACUUCAGACACCAAUGUAUAAAAGGCUCGGAUAAUCAUUAUUGAUAGCUUACAAAUAGAUACACUUUGGUAAAUAAUAAGUUGCCUCAGUGCUUCCAUUUGUAUUUCUAUAUUUUUGUGCAGUCGUUUUUGGUUGAUUUUUUUCAUAAGAACUGGAAGCUGAUAGAUCUUAUACAUUGAGUGAGGAAAUCCUAAAUCUAUUUUAGAGAAGCACAUAUGUUUUUAAUUAACUCCUGUCUCCAUUUUUUAAGAACAUCAUCUCUGUGUAACUGAGGAACUCUUGACUUAACAGUUAAGAUAUUUCAUGAGUACUCAUUUUAAUCUUUUCUCCAUUGUAUGACGAAUUCACUUUAAAAAAUCAGGAGAUAUCCUUGUAUGUUCUUUCCAUAGCAGAUAUAGACCCCUUGCAGGGACGACAAAGCAGCUGAUCUAGGGGACAAAACAAUAGAAUUUCAAUCUCCUUAGAAUUGGAACCUAUUGUUUUGUCCCCCAGAUUGAGCUGCAUUCCAAAGUGCUGCAACUGGUCUAUUAGUGCCCUAACUCUUACUAAUGAGAUUCACCUACCUUAUUCAUUCUGAAGUUAUUAUUAUAGCUGAUAUAAAUGUCUGUAAUACUAGAGAAGUAUAUAACUUAUGAUUGAUUAAUUUUAACCAUAGUUUUAUUCAAAGAUUCUGUUACAUUUAUUAUCUGGGCAGGUGUCUGAAAAAUAAAGAGUUUUUAAGCAUUGUUA